AUGAGAAUUCAUCGCCUCGAUCCAGAUGUCGUCAGUAAAGUGGCUGCCACGGAAAUCAUUGGCAGCCCUGUGAACGCUCUGAAAGAAAUUCUAGAAAACAGUUUGGACGCCGGCGCUACAAAUAUCGAAAUCGCAGUCAAAGAUGGCGGCUUUAAACUCCUGCAGGUCACCGAUAACGGUGACGGGAUUGAUCAAGAAGACUUGGCUAUACUCUGUGAGCGCCACACCACCUCGAAACUCAAGACGAUCAAAGACCUGGAAACUAUGGAUACCUUAGGGUUUCGCGGCGAGGCCCUAGCCUCGAUUUCGCACAUCUCGCAUGUGUCUGUUGUAUCGAAAACCAAGCAGGCUCGAACAGCCACUCGAGCAGAAUACGAGGCAGGAAAAAUGACAAGCCAGAAACCAAUUGCCGGGGUCCAGGGAACUGUAAUUGCCAUCAAGGAUCUGUUUUUCAACACGCCGUCGCGGGUCAAGGCGCUCAAGGGCCGAUCAAACGAAGAGUACCAAAAGAUCCUCGACGUAGUGUGUCGCUAUGCCAUCAAUUACGCAGGGACGUUUUCUUGUCGACGCGACAAUUCAGGCCAGCCCUAUGUCAUUGCUGGAGCCACGGCCAAAGACAAGAUUCGAAGAGUGUACGGCCCGUCUGUGGCUAAUGAUUUAAUAGAGAUCAAUCUCGAGGGUGAUGAGUCUAUAGGCUUGAAAUCAGUCUCUGGGUACGUUUCCAACGCCGACUACUUUUCCAAAAAAGGGGCAAACUUUAUUUUCUUUGUCAAUGACCGUUUGGUGUCUUCGGAGGCCCUGCGAAGGGGCAUUCAGAAACUUUACUCGCAGUAUGUGCCUAAAGGGGCCUUUCCAUUUGUCUUUUUGUCUUUGAAAAUAGAAUCAGACCGCAUUGAUGUCAAUGUCCAUCCCUCGAAACGCGAGGUGCGAAUUCUAGAUGAAACGGAAGUCGUCGACACAGUUGUGGCUGGAAUAGAGCAGUACCUAUCGAACCAGGAUGCAGGCAGAAAGUACAAGGUUCAAUCAUUUAUUGCCUCAUCCAGCAUGCCAAUCAACUCUGUUGAUAGGCCCACAGCGGCUCAAAAGUACGAGCAUCAUUUGGUGCGCACAGAUCCGCAGCAAAGCACAUUGACAUCGUUUGCACGUACGCCAAUCAAACCCCGAGAGAACAUUAAUUUACCCCCAUCCGACGAGGAAAGCUCAGAGUCGAGCAGUAUUCCGCCAUCAAAUGACCACCAGGUGCUGGAGUUUAAACCAAUGGCAUUAGCGUCGAUUGCUGCCCUCAAACAGGAAAUCAGUGAUCAUUCCAGUACAAAACUAACAAAAAUCGUCACUAACCACUCGUACAUUGGUCUGGUUGAUGUAUCAAAGUCAUUGGCUGCAAUUCAAUAUGACGUUCGGCUAUACCUUAUCGACUACCAUGAGAUGUCACUACAUUUAUUUUACCAGAUCGCGCUAACCGAUCUUGCAAACUUUGGAACAGUUUCGUUAGGCGAUGGACUUGCUAUCGCGGACCUCCUUGAAAUCUCAGGUAAAGCUGUCAAACCGUCGCCCAUGCUUUUAACAAUGGCACCAAUGCUCCAGGACUAUUUCCGGAUAACAGUCAAAGAAAAAGACAACCAGAUGGUUUUGACACAGUUGCCCUUGCUUUUGGAAAACUACAAUUUGCCCGUGGCCCGAUUACCGGACUUUUUUGUCGAUCUUACCCAGCUGGAAUGGGCCGACGAGCAAAAGUGUCUGGGCGGGAUAUGUAUGGCAUUGGCAAAACUACAUCAGCCAGUCGCUCCAUCGGCAAGUGAAGUAGAAACAAUACUCAACUCUGCAAAACGCCGGCUGGUAGCUACAAAUCAACUGGGUUCGUCCAUCGUGGAGAUCGCUAACCUGCCGGGUCUAUACCGGGUUUUUGAGAGAUGUUGA